AAGGAAGGGAAGCAGCCGAAUGGCGGCGUUGUACGAGGAUGACGACCAGUUCUGGUGAGCUGCGAUCUGCCAAACAAGCGAAAUCACUCAUGGCGUCACGACAACUCCUGUCUGUCUGCCUGUCUGUCUGUCUGGUGCAGGACGGACGACGACGAAGACGAAGAAGACAAAGAGGACGAGAAUCAAGAUGGCGGCGAUGGAGAGCAGCCAGUCGACCAGAGAGAUCAGCCGUCGCAUCAGGAGGACAGUGACCCUCAAGAAGCAGCAGCAGCAGCCGCUGCUCCGCCACCAGGCCCACUAGAUGGGCCUGCUGCCGCUGCUGCCGCUGCCGCAGCCGUGCCAAAGCCCAAAAGAAUACGGAAGAAGUGAGAUCACAGCAGCAGCGACUGCAUUCGUGAGAGUUCCUGUGUGUGUGUGUGUGGCCACACAGGUGGGUGGUGGAGGAGAGCACCGACGUGAGUGACUUCGACGCGCUGCUGCCGCCGUCUGAGCGGGCGCUGGACUACCCCUUUGAGCUGGACACCUUCCAAAAGAGGGCCAUCCUGAGGAUCCACCAGUCGCAGCCCGUCUUCGUAAGCUAAACCAACCUGACACAGAUGGACACAGAUGCAGACACCAGACUCAUCGACCGAAGAACUGCUUGCCUUGUCUGUGUGUCUGCAGGUCGCCGCGCACACAUCAGCUGGAAGUGAGCAGUCUGCACAUCUAUAGAUUGUGUGCAGUGCAGUGGAGUGAGUGCUGUUAAUAGAAAGAAGUGUGUGCGUGUCACUGAUGGAUGGAUCAGAGACGGCCGUGGCCGAGUACGCCAUCUCGAUGGCCCACAACGCGGGAAGGCGGGCCAUAUACACCUCACCCAUCAAGGCGCUCAGCAACCAGGUCAACUGGCUUGGCACGGACGGACGGACGGACGGAGGGAGGGAGGGAGGGAGGCACUUUGUUGACUGUCACUCUCUCUGUGCGCUGUAUGUGGGUGCAGAAGUACCGUGACUUCAACGCCAAGUUCCCGUCUGUGGGCAUCAUUACUGGCGACGUCAGGUCAGGUGCACUCAUACUCAUACACACCUGAACGCUUGUGUCUGUGUGUGUCAAUGGUCCGCCCGUCAGCAUCAACCAGGAGGCAUCGUGUCUGAUCAUGACCACCGAGAUCCUCAGGACCAUGCUCUACAGGUAGCUAGGCAGGGGAGCCAGCUGCCCCAAGCCAUGUUUCCGUGUGGUCUUAUCCAUCCAUUUAUCCAUCCAUCAGGGGCGAUGACACCAUCCAGGACCUGAGCGUGGUGGUGUUCGAUGAGGUACGGAGCAGUGCCUGGGGAGGAUGGCGCACCAACACCAACAAGCAUUAGAAGGUGCCGCCACAUCACAUCUGGCUCGUCUCGUUUUGCCCCUCCCUCAGGCCCACUAUGUGUCUGACGCCGAGCGUGGCGUCGUGUGGGAGGAGGUCAUCAUUCUGCUCCCCUCACACGUGCGUACGCAGCCACCCUUCCCACCCCACCAACUGAGAGGCAACGCAAGAAUCCGAUUCUCUGUGUGUGAGCUGAUUCUCAGAUCAACUUGCUGUUCCUCUCAGCCACGGUACACUCACACAGAGACACGGCAACUGGUUGUCAUUCUCCUGCUUGCUUGUGUUGUCUUUGUCAGUGCCCCAACUUCCUGGACUUCGGCGACUGGUGGGUGUGCUGGACAGAAACGAGCGACAGCCAAGAACGAGUUGGUCACUCACUACUGGGUGCCUGUCGGUCGUCUGUGUGCCUUAGGAUCGGUCGCACCAAGAAGCGGACGGUGUAUGCGGUGUACACCAAGAUGCGGCCCACGCCGCUGCGCCACUACCUCUACGUCCAGGGCAAACCCUUCCUCCUCAUGGACAACAAAUUCAGAUCGGACGUACGUGACAAGACGUGGGCGACGGAAAGGCAAAGCGCCGCACCCCGGCAUGGCACACUGUUUGUUUGUUUGUAUGCCUUGUCUUCCUUCUUCCUGUUGGCCGUCCGUCAAUCAGGCCUUCCUGCAGGCGCAUCAGCACAUGAGAAGCCUCAAGGAAAAGGACACCGCCGCAAGUAAAUAAUAAGAGAGACAGGGAGAGAGACGACAGACCUCUCCGUCUCUCUCUCUCUCUCUCUGUGUGUGUGUGUGUGUGUGUGUAGGCAAGGCAAGCGCCAAGGGCAAGGCUAAGGCGAAGCCCAAGGUGGUCAGGGCGUCCAACUACGUGGCGGGCGUCAAGACCGACACGCACCGGCUGCAGGCGCUGCUCAAGGAGCUCGAGAAGGAGCAGAAGCUCCCUGUGGUCGUCUUCGCCUUCAGGUGAAACCAAUCACAACGAACACACACACGCUGACACACCUGUGUGUGUGUGUGUGUGUGUGGUGUGCAGCCGUCGCAAGUGUGAGUCGUAUGCCUGUGGGAUGCCCAACCUCGACCUGUUAGACUCGACGGUGAGUGACAGACGGGCAAGGAAGGCUUGAAAGAAAGGCGUACGUCUGUCUGUGUGGACGCCAAUUAAUGUGUGUGUGUGUGCAGAGGAAAAGCGAGAUUCACGUCUUCGUGCAGGAGUCGCUCAAGAACCUCUCCGAUGCCGACCGCGGCCUCAAGCAGAUCCAAGCCACCGGUAGACCCUCCCCCCCCUCUGUCAUGCCUUCUCUCUCCCCCCCUCUCUCUCUCUGUGUGUGUGUCUGUCAGUCGAGCUGCUCGGCCGUGGCCUGGGUGUGCACCACGGCGGGCUGCUGCCGAUCGUCAAGGAGAUGGUGGAGAUCCUCUUCGCCCGUGGGCUGGUGCGCGUGUUGUUCGCCACGGAGACCUUCGCCAUGGGGGUCAACAUGCCGGCGAGGUCGGUGGUGUUCGCGUCGCUCAAGAAGCACGACGGCAGCAGACUGAGGAUCCUAAAGUCCAGCGAAUACACACAGAUGGCGGUCAGGGUGCACUGCACACACAGAGGGAGGGAGGGACGGAGGGAGGGAGGGAGGACAUUUUGUGUGUGGUCUGUCUCGGUCAGGGCCGUGCUGGAAGGCGGGGCUUGGACGAGUACGGCAGCGUCUUCAUCUUCUGCGACCCACAGGAGAUGCCCGACCAGAAGGUGCGGAAGCCACCUACACACACACACACUGACACACACACAGUGGACUUCCAUGUGUGUCUGUCUGGGGUUUCAUCAGGAGGUGACGACCAUGAUGAUGGCACAGGCGACCCCUCUCCGCAGCAAGUUCAAGGUCUCCUACUCCAUGCUGCUGCAGCUCGCCAAGUCGCCCCUGCUCAGUGUGCAGGACAUGAUUUCACAGAGCUACUCCGAGAGCGACAGAUCAAGGGUGGGGUGCCUGUGCCAGCACACACACAUACGAGGGAUGGAUGACCUCACACCGUGUGUGUGUGUGUGCGUGUGUGUGCGUGUAGAAGCUGCCGAUUUAUCGGCGUGACAUCAAGCGGCGUCAGCAGGAGCUGGAGAGCAUGCAGCCGAUACAGUGCCUUCUCGGAGAGCCGACGUAGACACACACGGCACGGCACACAACACUCCACUCCCCGACUCAGCACAGCCCAGCAAUGGCCUCGUGUGGGUAAUGCUGUGUGUCGUGUGUGUCGGUCGAUGAAGCAUCGACGAGUACGUCAAGGCCAGCUCCCAGUUCGAGGGUGUCACCAGAAACCUCCACCGGUCAGCCAGCAGCCCACCAACCACACGCAGCGACGGACACGUAACCAAUCACCCUCCCUCCCUCUCCCCCUUCUCUCUCUGCAGCAAGCUCUUCACGUCCAAAGCCUCCACGGACGUCUUCUGCCCCGGCCGCAUCUGCAUGUUCUCCUCCCUCUCGGCCUACCUCGGCGUCUCGUCACCCUGCUACGGCGCCCUCCUCUCGCUGGACUUCAAGCCCCUCUCGCAGAAGCAUGAUCCCGAAUUCGAGGCGAUUGUGCUGCUGCCCGAAGGGCCGGAAUGGCCGCCACCUGCUGGUGGUGGUGGUGACGCAGCGAAGGGCAAGGGUGGUGGUGAGGACGGGGAGCGUGUGAAGGUGGUGGGUGAGGGGAGGCUGGUGUCUGUCGGGGUGGUGGAGGUGGGGAAUGACGAGCAUGAGCAGUUCUCCAGAUGGGUUCACUGCAAGUGAGCGAGCGAAGGGAGGGAGGGAGGGAGGUGCAUGUGUUGCUGGCUGCACCUCUCUCUGUCUGUGUCUCUGUGCCUCUGUGUCUGUGUCCCUGCCACGUGCUCAGGUACAUUCCACUGCGGAAGGUGUCCAAGGUUACGGUAAGACGAUUCCCACCGCACACAGGAGCAGCCGGCCAUGUGAUGUGUGCCGCGUCUACUUGUCAGGAGCUGGUGGUAUCAGCCGCCGUGACCAGUGACGACGAAGACGCCGACGUCAGCAUGGCGAGGCUCGGACAGGUAAGAGCGGAAAAAGGUGAAGAACAACACAACGGGAAGACAAGACACACUCAGCACCGACCGACGUGAGUGGGCCUUCGGUUCCGUUGCAUCGUCCAUCGUCCUUUUAGGAGGUGGCCCGCACCUGCACCGACCACGACUCGCCCGCCCGUGACGGCCUGCCGGCCCUCCAGAUCUCCAAGCAGUUCAAGGAGAUCGAGAACGAAUUCUACGAGAACAUCCUUAAGCAACGGUCAGUCAGCACAUAAUUAAGACGCGUUCGUUGGUGCUGCUUGGCUUGACGACCUGUGUGGCUCAUACAGGGAUCUGUCGAGGGCGCUUGCGGCCAACAAGUGCCACCGCUGCAAGCUGAAGGAGCCCCACUUCCAGCAAGCCAGCAGAAGGGAUCAGGUGGGUGGGGCGCCGGGGGGGUGGGGUGAAGCGAUGCGGUUGCGAUGCAUGGCUGCCGUCCUCUGUAUCGGUCCAAUCACUCUCACUCAGGUCGUCAGGGACAUCGAGGAGUACUCCUUCUCCCGUAAGUCAACCAGACAGACAGACAGACAGACAGGCUGAAGCCGGCAGCACGUGUGUGUUGUGUGGCGGUGAGGUGACAUGGUUUCUCUCUCUCAUGUGGGUGUCUGCAGUCAACGACGAGUCGUUGUAUCUGCUGCCGCUGCUGCAGUCCAAGAUGGCGGUGCUGCGGAAACUGGGCUACAUCGAAGAGGACCAAACACUCACACUCAAGGUAUCUGUGUGUGUGCUCGACUCGAGAGUGGCCACAUCACACCACGCACAGAUGCCAUGCCGCUGAGUGUCUGCCUGUCUGUCUGUCUCCUUGCUGUAUUCAGGGCCGCUUUGCGUGUGAGGUAGUGACUUCAGACGAGGUGGGUGGGUCUGGCAGCACAGCACGGGGGCAUCCGGCCAUCCAGCCCUUCGUGAGAUCUCCUGUCUGUCUCUGGGUGUGUGCGUCUGCGUGUGUGUGUGUGUGUGUUUUGAAUGGCAGCUGACAUUGGUAGAGGUGAUAAUGAGCGGCAUCGCAACCAACCUAGAGCCGGCAGAGGUCGUCUCCAUCCUCUCCAGGUACCCACCGUACCACCACUAACAUGGCAUAUCGCGUCUUCGCCCAUCUCUCUGUCUGUCUGUGUGUCUGUGUGUCAGCUUCAUCUUUAUGGAGAAGUGCGAGGACGAGCCAGAGGACCCCACGGACAACAUGCGCCACGCGAAGCAAGUCGGCGGACAGCGCAACACACACACAGACACAUACACACACACGUCUGACCCUUUGCCCAUCAUCCGUCCCUUCCUUGCUCUGUGGCCUCCACCAGGCUGUGGCGGAUUGGCAUCGCACGGUAGACGCCGCGCAGAAGGAGUGCCGUGUGCAGAUGGAGGAUCCCGUGACGGUCAACUUCGGCCUCACACAGGUGGUCUACGAGUGGGCUGUCGGCAAGACAUUCGCCGAAAUCAUGACCUGCACCACUGUCCAGGUGCAUGUGCACUCCACCACACACCACACACAGGCCCUUGAUGACUGUGUGCAGGAGGGUUCCAUCGUGCGUGCGAUUCUGCGUCUGAACGAGUUGUGUAAGAAGAUGAAGGCUGCGGCGGAGAGGCUGCUGGGCGACACUGCCUUGGCAGAGAAGCUCGAGCAGGCCGAGAGCUUCCUGUGCAGACCGCCGGUGUCCAUCCCGUCGCUCUACCUGACAUAGUCAGUGAUAUCACCACGUCAGUAGAGACAGACACGUCCGUAGCUAGCUAGCUUGCGUCGAAAGAGCAUGGGCUUCGGUGACAGUGAGUGACUUCUGUGUAAUGCCAUCAUCCACAACACGUUCUCACGGGAAACAGACUCCUUCUCAUUCAAAACAGACUCGAGAAUGGCCAGGAAGUCAAUGAAUUGAAGUCA